AGGUGUAAACGCAGAGCCCGCCCAGCAACCGGUCGAGUCCUGGAGGAUAGAAGGGCGAGUGCGCAAGACCAUGGUGCCCUGAGUUUCGGGCGGCCUCCCAGACUGUCAGGGACAGCGACAGGGGCCUUGGCGGCUGAGGCGAUCGAGAGGGACAGGACGAGACACAGUCGGAGGAGGAAAUCUCGCUCACUUAAGUGCACCCGAAAGUUGUUUGCCCGCGCAUCGACGACUGCGAUCCAAGCUUCCCCCGCACCGGGCUUCUAUCCUCGCGAUGCAGCUCAGCCCUUUGCAGUCGCGGCUUGCGGCGUCGCUGGUCGCCUCGUGCCUGCUCCUGCUGCUCUACCUUUUCCUGUUUCCGCCGAACUUCGCGCUUGCGGCCGAGCUCACGCCACCAAUCCCCCUCGUUCUCGAUCUCGAUGGCUUCGACUCAUCGAACCCGCCGACGCGCAGCUUAGUCGAUCCGACGUACGAGCCCGAGUUCGCUCCCUUCGAUCGGAGCAUCAUCGGCCGAGCGCCAGCAGGCGUGACGUCGCUCACCAACAAUGAGCCGAUGUCCAUGAACGUCGAUAAUGGCACGACGCAGGUUUUCGUGUUUGCAUUGCCUGGGGUAUCCGGGCGCGCUGCGGAGAAGGACCGGUUGGAGCUCAGGGACGACCGCAAUGCCUCCGAGGGGCGGGACGCUGGCGCUGGCGCUGGCGAGCAUCAGGAGGAUGAGGAGCGAGACCUAACAAGGCGACAAGCAUCGCGAACAGUAUACAUAUCGGCGAACACCUGCCAGCAGCCACAGCCGGUUGAUCCAUCCAAAACGACGUCCGAUCCUCCUCAACUUACUCUUUUCGUCUCGACAUCGAAACAAAACCAAUCCCCCGGUCCACUCGCAGACCCGGCCUCCCAGAGGGUGAUUGCAUUCGAAGAGGGUGCCGUAAUGUACAGCCUCACUUCGAACAGUGAGGUGUACAUCGGUGUUCACGCCCCGAAUGUGUCGCAAGAGUUCUCCGGGGUAUACAACGUCAGAGUGGCAGGCUCGGUCGACAACUAUUACUACAGCUAUGAUAGCCAAGACAAUGCGGACCUGAUCUGGGUUGACAGCGAUUCGCAAGGCGCGCUGUUGAUCACACACGACCUGACCAACAGCUCAGACCCGACUGUGAUCGCGCAGAUCAUGAGCACGGAGCCGUACGUGCUGUUCGCGCACAACACGCAGGAUCGCGCCAUCAACGGACUCAAAUAUUCGUUUUGUGGGCUUCAAAACUAUGCGCAGAUCGCCGCUAUCAAGGACGGACGGCGAACGGACCUUGUCAAGACGAGCAUGACAAGAAGAGGCCAAGGAAAUUUUCCGAAGCAGCAGUUCUUUUUCAGCGGGCUCAACUCGAGCUCCCAGUAUAUUGGCAUCCUAGCGAAGGACGGCAGCGCGUCGACCAAAAGACAGACCACAGCCGCAGGGGGAACCGAAGUCUUCAAACCGACCAACUUCAGCACGAAGUCAGACCACGGCAACUGCGCCUUGAUCGUUGACCUCGCCUUCUGCGACCAAGUCGCAUACUCGGUCCCGAGCAAUCCCAGCUUCGGCAACGCGACAAAGCUUGCCAACUUCUAUGACACGUUCGCCGCGGGCAUGUACAGCAAUUUCAAUAAGUCGCUCGCCCAGAUCCAGUGCGAGGCGCCCUCCAGCCAACGUUACUCGCUCGCGCGCAACUGCACCGACUGCGCCGCCGCGUACAAGGACUGGCUGUGCUCCGUGACCAUUCCGCGGUGUGAGGACUUCUCCAACAACGCGAGCUACCUGCAGCCGCGCGCCAUCAGCCAGCCCUUCCCCAACGGCCAGAUGUUGGAUGCCGCCACGCUGGCCAGCCUGCCCAACACCACCAGCUUCAACUCGAGCCGCAACCCGCUCAUCGACCAGGUCAUCAGCCCCGGGCCAUACAGGGAGGUGCUGCCGUGCGACGACCUCUGCUAUAAGCUGGUGCAGAACUGCCCGGCGAAACUGGGGUUUGGCUGUCCGCUGCCGAAUCAGAUUGGGUAUCAGGGGAACUAUGCGAGGCACGAUCCCUCGAGCGGGCUGACGUGUAACUUCCCCGGCUCGGCGCACUUCCCUUCAGCUGGUGCAAAAGCAAUCGUGAGCUGGGGGUUGCUUGUUGGGGCGGUAGUUGCGGGGAUUUUGGGGUUCUGAGUCAGGGGCAGUUCGGGCUGUUGAGUGUUAAUGAAAUUUCAUGGAUAAUGGAUAGGCGGGCGGCACUU